AUGUUCCCCCCAGGUUACUUUUAUAUCAUAUCCAGAAAGAACGGCUACGCUCUCGAUGUCUACGAUGGGCAGACAAAGACGGGUGCCAACAUCAUCAUUUGGCCACAAAAGUUUGCUGAUUCGGACAACCAGUUGUGGUCUUUCGAUGGUGGACGUAUCGUGAAUAAGAAGUCUGGUCAUGUGUUGGACAUUCAAUCGGGUGCAUUCAAGAAGGACAAGACCAUCGUUCAAAACAAGCGUAAAGAGAAGAAUCAAUCUCAAGAGUGGGGCUACGAGCAUGGCUACAUUCACUCUGUGGUGUAUCCUACUAUGAUCCUCGAGAUUAAGUCCGAAGAUGGUGGUGCACAAGUGUUACUCGAACGCAAGGAUGAAAACAAUUUGAAUCAACAAUGGUAUCUUGAGCCUCAUCAAAUCUUUGAAACGUCGUUGGGUAUGGCUGCCAAUAAGGGUCCUUUGCACAAACAAGCUGGAUUUGGACAACCAAGACUUGGUUAUGGUGGUGAAGUGGGAGUUCCUCCAGAGCUCAAAUCAUUGCCAAAGAACAUCCAAGUGGUGGGCGUCAAUGGAUAUACACCGAGUGGUCCUACGAAUCCACCUACCAAUCCAAGCAACCAUACAUCUGUUCCACCAUCAUCAUCCGCAGCAGCACCUGGCUAUGGUUACGCAUCAGCAGCACCAGCACAUCAAACAACAGGACCUACUGCACAACCUGUAUAUCAAUCUCAGGCAUCACUUGCAACUGGUAACAAUGGCUAUAAUGCUCCUAGUUAUUCUACACCACCACAACAUCAUCAUCCAGCUGCGUCGUCGCCACAGCAACCAUCGUAUCCACCCCAUGGCAACCAUUACUCUACACCAAGCCAACCACAUGGUGGUGCACAUCCUGCAUACACAACACCCAACCAUCCACCUCAUGGUAGUGGUUAUCCUCCACAGCCACCAAAUCCAAAUGUGUAUCCACCUACGUCAAAUGCUGCGGCUGGUGGUGGUUAUCCAUCACCCACUCAACACCAGUAUCAAACAUCCAACGUAUAUCCUCCUCCUCACCCUCAACAGCCACACCAUGGUAGCGGCGCUUAUCCUCCUCCACAACCACCUGUAAGCACUGGUGUUGGUUAUCCACCUGUAUCAUCACCCUCUUUUGGUAGCUAUCCACCACAACCACAACAACCUGCGUAUCCACCACAACCAGCACAGCAAAUGCCAUCCGCUGCACCAGGUGGUUUCUAUCCACCACCUCUACCUGAGCGACAACCUCCUGCUAUGCCUAUGCCUGGUACCAGUGCUGGUUAUCCACCUACUUCAUCGCCUGUUGCACCAGCUUAUCCUCCUCCUUAUCCUCCAAACUAA